GUCACUCUCUGGCAGGCUACGAAAGACUGACCUGGAUCUCAAGCUGAGAAACACGGGACUGCUCAUAUCAAAACACAAUCAAAUUAUAGCCGAGGAGGCGGCCAGCUUUAUCGUAACGUUAUUCCUAACGUUUUAUCUCUCUAACCUACGAACCGCUUGUUCCAAGAAGGACGCUGGAGGAGUGGGGAGAAGCCGAGCUGUGUCUAAUUUAAACGCUUAGCUGGCUGAGUACUUCAGGGAGAGAGGUUAGCUAGCCAGCGGAGCUACUGUCAGCACAGCUUGCAUUGAGCAAAUAGCUGCAGAGCAGUAACCAUUGUGCGGUGUUAUAUUGACUGGGCCUGGCUCCGUCCUACCACUGAGCAUAUUAAACUCAGGAAGGGCGAGGUGUGGGACUGCAGUACCGGAGGCUGACACGCGGAGGCGCUGUGGUGCGGAGGCUGGCUGGCUGAAUCUUCGCUGAAAGCACGACCCGCUCCCAAGGGAAUGCGUCAUGACCUCUGUGGUGCUUGUCGAUAGCGGAGGAUCGGUGGUGGAGUAUGUGACCACGGAGCAGGAGGAGGGGCAGUGUGAGGAGGAGUACGACCCGGGGGUGGAGUACCCGGCGGUGAUCGUGGAGCCCGUGCCCAGCCCGCGGGGGGAGCAGUGUUUCGCCGCGCAGGUGCUGGUGUACGAUGACGAGACGUACCUGAUGCACGACGUGGCCGAGGAGCAGGAGGUGGAGACGGAGGUGCUGGAGACAGUGGAGGCGUCGGUCCAUGGCAGUAAUGUCCACUGCUCAGAUAAGACCAUCGAGGCGGCGGAGGCCCUUCUGCACAUGGACUCUCCCAGCAGCCUCAGGGGCGACCGCAGCCCAGUGGAGGUGUUCGUGCCGCCCUGCGUCACCACGCCCGAGUUCAUCCACGCGGCCAUGCGGCCGGACGUGAUGACGGAGACGGUGGUGGAGGUGUCCACCGAGGAGAGCGAGCCCAUGGAGGUGUGCGCCGUCCUGGAGGCCCCGGAGAGCGAGCCGGUCCGCAAGAAGAAAGUGGGGAGGAAGCCAAAGACGCAUCAGUCAGCGGUGUCCAACGGCUCUCCUGAUCUGGGCAUGAAGAAGAAACCCAGAGAAGGGAAGGGUAACACCACGUACCUGUGGGAGUUCCUGCUGGACCUCCUCCAGGACAAGAACACCUGCCCCAGGUACAUAAAGUGGACGCAGAGGGAGAAGGGCAUCUUCAAGCUGGUGGACUCCAAGGCUGUUUCCAAGCUGUGGGGGAAGCACAAAAACAAGCCAGACAUGAACUACGAGACCAUGGGGCGGGCGCUGAGGUACUAUUACCAGAGGGGCAUCCUGGCCAAGGUGGAGGGCCAGCGCCUGGUGUACCAGUUCAAGGAGAUGCCCAAGAACAUCGUGGUGAUCGACGAGGAGAAGGCGGAGCCGGGGGCGGAGGAGCUCCUGAGCGCGGCGAAGUCGUACGAGCGCGUGCCGCCGUCCUCCGACAGCCUGCUGGCCAAGGGGCCGGGCAUCCUGCGGGGGGGCGGCCGCGGCUCCGCCCACUCCCCCGCCAAGGGCAAGGCCUCGCAGCAGCCCCCCGCCGUCGCCCGCGUGGUGACGCUCUCCGCGGUGACGGACGGCGUCGCCGGGCAGCAGCAGAGCCACACCGCCAUCAUCCCCACGGCAACCGGGCCCAGGACGGUGCGGGUGGCCAUGCAGGUGCCCGUCGUCAUGACGACGUCGCUGGGCCAGAAGAUCUCCACGAUGGCGGUGCACUCGGGAAGCCCCGCCCUCCUGACCAGCAGCGGCCACAUGGGCGGGGGCGGGGCCCCCAAGGUGCUGAUCCAGACCAUCCCCACGAUGAUGCCCGCCACCGCAGAGAACGGCGAAAAGAUCACCGUGCAGCUGGCCAAGAUCAUCACCAUCCCUGCCGCCCAACUGGCGCAGUGCCAGCUGCAGGCCAAGGCGGGCACCGCGGGCACCGCCACGCCCGGCCUCAGCCUGGUGGGGACGCCGCUGUCCGUUUCCAUGGCGCCGGGGACGCAGGUGGUGAGACUGGCGUUGCCAGCGCAGCAGUCGCAGCCGGGGGGGCGGGCCCUGGUCCGGUUGGUCGCUCCCGUUGCCACGGUGCCCACGGUGGAGCAGGACUCAAAGAGCCCCCAGACCCCCAGAGCAGACCCCCCCGCCGUCGUCACGGUGAAAGUGGAGUCCCGGGACUGCUGAGGGCGGGGCCGCCUGGGGGGGGGAGGGGGGGUGGGGUCAGCGGCUGGAUGGCGGAAGGGACGCUUUUCUUACGUCUUCCCGCUUGGGAGACCGCAGUGACCUCCCCGCCCUGAGGGGGCGCUCUCUCUCUCAAAAAAAAAAGUACGCUAUCACAAACCGAGCCCCCCC